UUACGCUGUCAUUCAGCUCGCGGCUGGCAUCGUCGCUCAAAAACCGACGCCGGGCUGGAAUAGUUUGUGGUGUUUUGUUGUAAAUCGAAUUUCCGGCAGCUUUCUUCCGUUUUUAGCCGGUGACUGACGCAAAAAUUGGUGUUGCAAUAUGAGUGCCGGGGGUAUGUUGUACGGUGGUGAUGAAAUCGGAGCGCUAGUAUUCGAUCCGGGGCAUCAUUCACUACGUGUUGGUUAUGCCCAAGAGGAUACUCCGAAGGCGGAAAUUCCCGCUGUUGUCGGUGUCGGUCCUGCGGAUGCUGCCUUGAAUUCUGAUCUGGAAACCAAGGCGGACAACAAUGUUGGAAGCACCAAUAAAUUCUAUGUCGACACAACUUUCAUUAGCGUUCCUAGGCCGAACAUGGAAAUCCAGACCUACAUGAAGGACGGCAUGGUAGACAAUUGGGAUCUUUUCGAGAAAGUUUUGGAUUACGUUUACGCCAAGGUUAUCCAAUCGGAAUCUAUGUAUCAUCCGGUACUGUUUUCGGAAGCCGCAUGGAACGUACGCAAUAAUCGUGAACGGCUGACCGAGCUCAUGUUCGAAAAGUACAGUGUACCGGCAUUUUUCUUGGUUAAAAAUGCAGUUUUGGCUGCAUUUGCCAACGGAAGGGCAACUGCCCUGGUAGUAGACAGUGGUGCGACCCAUACGUCGGCCGUUCCCGUUCAUGAAGGCUACGUCCUCAGCCAAGCGGUGGUGAAGUCUCCUCUGGGUGGCGAUUACCUGUCACUUCAGUGCCGCCAAUAUUUGGAAAGCCAAAACAUCGACCUCACACCGGCCUACGGAAUAGCAGCCAAGGAUGUCAUCAAGGAGCGGGACAAUGCCAGGUUCACUCCACGACAGCUCCCGGACAAACUGACCUCCUCCUGGCAGCAGUACAUGCUGAAAGGGCUACUACAGGACUAUCAGAUGUCUAUCGUUCAGGUGUUAGAAACGCCCUACGACGAGAGGACCGCGGCCCAAAUCCCGGCAGUUCACUACGAGUUCCCCAACGGGUACCAUCAGGACUUUGGUCCAGAGCGAUUUAAGUUGGCCGAAAGCCUGUUUGACCACACGAUGCUCGGUGCCGGACAGCUAGCCUCAACCAGUGUUGGAAUGUGUGACGCCGAUGUGCGUUUGUCCCUGUACGGUUCGGUGGUAAUUACAGGCGGAAACACUUUGUUGCCCGGGUUUCCGGAAAGGUUGAAUCGCGAUUUGCAACAUCGGGCCCCAUCCAACACCCGGUUGAAGAUGAUCUCGGCCAAUGGGUCGGUGGAACGACGAUUCGGCGCCUGGAUUGGGGGUUCCAUUCUGGCAAGUAUCGGGACAUUCCAGCAGAUGUGGAUCUCGUCUCAGGAAUACGAAGAAUCAGGUAAAAGUCAGGUUGAAAGAAAAUGUCCGUAAAUCACUUUUCAACUUUUAGUGCUGCCCAUAGGCCAUUUACUAGCUCUUAAUGAGAGGUUCUCAAAUUUUAUGAAUCCAACAAACAAAAUUGUGUAGACUGUAAGUGAAAUUUCUAAUGACCUUCAAGAUAAAUAUUCAAUGAAAGUGCA